CAGCUUCUGGGUUUUGCUUUCAAGCGCACUCCUGCUGAAUCGUGUGAGUGAGUGUGUAUGUGUGUGGGGCGUUCACUCCUUCUCCUGCCACAGUAGCAACACAUUGCAGCAGCGCCGGCCCCGAACAAAAGGCUCAACGCAGCAGAGCCACAGGAGGAGAAACUCAGGGAUAGAUGCAGAAAGAGUGACCCAGCGUGACUGCACUUUUCAGGGAAGAACUCAACCUGCCAUUUAGGCCUCCUGGUGCCGGGGUGGAGACAGGACUGUACACUAGACCAGCACAGGCACAGUCUGUCUGUCUCUCUGAGCUGAGGAAAACACCCUGUUUUGUCUUUCACUUUGUCUUCAUUCAUACACCUCAGUCUCUGUCAACCUUUACUGAGAUUCCUACACCUGCCCUUCUUCACCUGGGCAUCUUUCCUUUUCAUCCACCUGUCCUCUGAGAUGUCAGACGAUGACUGCCGCUCGCCCAUCGGCCUGGACUGUUGCAGUUGCUGCCUGGACCUGGCCAAUGGCUGUGAUGACUCCAUGGCCAGCAGUCCGGCACAAGGUCUCGGUACUACUGGGGGCCUGCCAGGAAGCCCCACUAGCCCCAGUGUCAGUCACUUCCGUCAGCUCCGCAACCAGCUGAUGUACCAGAACCUGAACACUGACAAGCUGAACAACAUCAUGAGGCAAGACUCCCUGGAAUCGGUGGUGAGGGACCCCUGCUUCCUGCUCAAUGAGGGGAUCUGCAACAGCAACAUUGACCAGACCAUGCUGUCUAUAUUGCUCUUCUUUCACAGUGCCUCUGGUGCUAGCGUUGUGGCCAUCGACAACAAGAUUGAACAGGCGAUGGAUCUUGUCAAGAACCACCUGAUGUAUGCGGUGCGUGAGGAGGUGGAAGUCCUCAAAGAGCAGAUCAAAGAGCUGGCAGAGAAGAACAACCAGCUCGAGAGGGAGAACUACUUGCUGAAAAACCUGGCCAGUCCAGAGCAGCUGGAGAAGUUCCAGUCUCGCAUCCCGACGGACACGCUGUUACCCCUCGACAAUGUGAGCUCCCAGGUGACCGUAGACCAGUAUCAGCCCUGCAGCCUCAGCACUGGCUCUGCUGUAUAAGUGGCUCUGCCUUGGGGCGGGCAGAGCCACUGUUUCUUUACAGUAAUGGACCUCCAUUUGAACGUAAGCGUUACAAAAAUCGCCGCCGCCGAGAACCCUUCGUAACCGUGAAGGUGACGCAUCGGGGCUGUAAAUGAUCGAUGGGACACAAAAGAACUGUUGACGUUGAUAAGCACAAAACAGAACUUAGGACGCUCUGACUGGUGCGGUGUCAGGCCCGUCCUCUGAUACCGUCCAACUCUUUGUCGUAGUCUCUCUGCGUAGACCAAAGUGCUACGAAUAGGGAGAGGGCCGGCUAGACACCGACGAGCGCUCGCUUUCAGACCGCAAGGGGGCUUUCCCUGCCCUCCAACAAACACCCUUUGCUCCAGAGAGUGGGGGGUGGUGAGGAGGUGUUGAUUGGGCUGGCCCUGGCGCUGCUAACUUGGAAAGUGUUGGGGAGGGUGCUCCCCACUCACCCAGAGGAGACCCGUCUGAGGUGGUCCUCCAUGUCUCAACGAGAAAAGCCCCAUCGUGUGGAUUUGUCCGACCUCAAAAUACAAGUUUCAAGGACUCCCAGCCACACAUUUCAGCCACAUAAUGAGGACUCUUCCUGUACCUAUAAUGUAUGUGUUCAUGUACAUUUAAGCAUAACAAGAAUAAUCAACAGAAUAAGCUAAGGCAACAGGUGGAGGUUAAUGCAGUAUAGCCUAUUAGAGCUGGUGGACCGCUGCCGUAGACUGAUGAGUAAAGUGUAAUGAUUCAUAAAAUGUAAUCUCAUAUUGCCUGCUGUUGGGGCUUGCUGCUUAUGGGGGGGAAUUAAUCCAGCUGUCUUCUGUGUUGUUUUUUUUUUUUUUUUUUUUUUUUUUUGCGAUUCUGAACAAAUCUGUUUGUAAAAUAGGAGCAUUGAGUGGUCUUAAAGAUUUUAUUUUAAAUAAUCUUGGGACAGGCAUAUCUGCCUACCUUGUCUGCCUAGCUCUUCACAGUAAAGGAUAACUACAAUGUACAUAAAGUUGAAACGUCCUGAAGUCAACAUAGUGGACAUGGUGAGCAAGCAGAAGCCAGCAUUUGUUGCUGCAAUGCACUCCUGAUUUUAGCAGCGUCGUCCAAUAUCUGUCGGUUUCUUUCUCAGAUGCCAACUUGAUAACGAUGGCAUGACAACAGUGCCUGUCCUUUUUAGUAAGAGAGGAACACAUUUCCACACAGAGCUCUGUUGUUGUUGUUUUCUAGCUACCAAAGACUUUUAGCUUUUUUUUUUUUUUUUUUUUUUUUUUCUCACGACAACAGAAGCUGAGAAAACCAGGACCAUGUGUAUAACUUCACAGGGAAAAGUCUUGUUUGUAGCUAGUGUGAAAGUUUUUGUGUGUUUUGUAAGGAUAACGGUAUUGUUGCUGUAACGUAUCCUCAAAGUUGUUCACUAUGGUGUUUGGAUACAACUGCACAUUUGCAAUAAACCUUAUGUUUACAUAAUA